AUGGCUACCCCCAGUGUUCUCGCUUUUGACGCUGAGGACGGUCUCUCUCUCUUUGACCUCACCUCUGGUGCCUCUCCUGCCCCUGCUGCUGAUGCUGAUGCCACUGUUCGCUCCCAGUGGGCCACGCGCGAUGCUGCUGCACAUCUUGCUGUGCGUCGUCACCUGCCUACCACCAAGCGCGCGCACUUUAGUCAGUACAAGAGUGCUCAGACCUUGUACGACGCUGUAGUUGCGCGCUACUCUUCCCCUGCCACUGCUGCACUGAGCCGCCUCAUGCUACCGUACCUCUUCCCUAACCUUGCUGCCUUUCCCACAGUCGCUGACCUCAUUACGCACCUCCGCACUAGUGACACUCGCUACCGCGCUGCGCUUCCUGCUGAGUUCUGCGCCAAGAACCCCCCCCCAAUGUACAUCACUCUCUAUUACAUAGUCGCCCGCCUACCUGACUCCCUUCGUGUAGUCAGGGACCAUUUCCUCUCAGUCUGUCCCACCACACUCACUGUUGACCUCCUAGAGCAGGCCCUCCUAGCAGCGGAGAAGAGCAUAGUCGCUGUAGGAGCCUCUCGUGGUGACCCUCGCGCCCCCAUCUUUGAGGGGUGUUCCCCUUCCCCCCUUUUGCCCUCUGUCGCCUCUGUUGCUGCGGCCGACCUCGUUGGUCUUGAGUCGGUCGGUGCGGCGUCCCCCUUGCCCUUGCCCCUAGCGGGAGAAGCCGCUCUAGCAAGGGCAAGGGGGACAAGGGCGCGGGUGGAGCUAGCGGGGGUGGUGGAGGUGGCGGUGGAGGCGGCGGAGGGAGUGGGGGUGGCGGUGGGAGUGGUGGCGGGGGUGGAGGUGUCGGUGGCAGUAGUGCAGGUGGAGGCGGCGGAGGCGGUGGCGGUGGGAGCGGAGGCGGCGGUGGUGGCGGAGGUGGAGGAGGCGGUGCUGGAGGAGAUGGAGCUGGUCGGGGUGGCGCUUCGCAGCGGAGCGACUCCGGUGGUGCGUCAGCGUGGUGGGGGUUUUGGUCCGUGCACCUACGUCCUUGGCACCGGCGACCGCGCGGGUGAGCAGUGUGGGGGUGCCCACCCCACCCAGCGCUGCUUUGGCCGCAUGACUGACCCUUUGCGUCAGCAGUUCCCGGAGGCUACUGAGAUCCCCCGCUGGGGAGAGCUGUCUAGGGCAGGUGUAGCUAUCUAUGAUCUUGACUUUGAUGCUAUCCUUGCUGCCAUGUAUGCUGUGUCUAUUAGUGAUGAGGGUGACUGUUACCGGUGUUUCCCGCCCAACCCGGGCAUUGCGAUUGCUGCUCUAGGUGCUGGUGAGGCUGCUGCUCUAGGUGCCAGUGCGUUUGCGUCCUUAGGUGCUGGUGAGUCUGCGCUCUCAAGUACCGCGUCGACUUCGGCCUCCCUCACCUUCACACUUGACUCAGGGGCUUCUCGCUCCUUCUUUUGA